AUGCCCCGCCGCAGGCCGCCCCCCCACCCACCCCACGACCGCCCCCAGCGCAGCGGCACGGGCAGCGCCGCCGGGGCGGACGUCGUUGGUCCACAGCGCCCCGCGGCCCCUCCGCGCCCUGAGGGAGCCGCCCCGCCGCCGCAGCCCCGCCAUUACCUGGGAGGAGCGGGGUGCGUGUCCCGGCGCCGGCGGAGCGGGGAGGGGGACGCGGUCCGUCUGCGCUCGGGCAGAGCGAGGAAGGGGGGUGUGGGGAUUGGGCGGGGGGAGGUCGAGCGAUGGAAAAGGGGGGUGGGGGGGGAGGAAAGAGGGGAGCGCGCGCGUGGCGGCGCGACGGGCGGUUGCCAUGGCGGCGGGGAGGGGCGUGGCUUCCCUGAGUCCGCCCCCGGGCGCGGCCUCCCCUCAGGGCUGGCCGUUCGCUCCCUGCCCGUGUGGGGCGGCCCGGGGCUGGGUCGGGCUCAGCGGCCGGGAUGUGCCGCUAACAGCCCGCGGGCUCGCAGCGGGAAGGGGAGCGGCUUUCCAGCCGGCUGCAAACAAAGGAAAAGCCCUCUGCGCCUGCGGGGGGUGGUGGGUGUGCCCUGCGUGCCUCCAGGGCUCGCGCUUAGCUCGGAAUGCAGAGCUCAUCUGCUUCCACGUCAGCUGUGGGAGCUGCUUGGAGGGGGGAAAUACACUGCUCUCCUGGAUAGGCACACAGGAGGAGCAAACUCCAUCAGAGCUUGAACCUCCAGAAUUUGUGAUGGAGUAGCAACACAGAAGGAUGUAGUCAACAUCUUUCACACAAGGUACAUCUCAAAUGCCAUGGAUUGUUAAUAAAGAGCAGUUCAAGGGAAAGCAGUUGAUUUUCAGAUGAGAUUUCCAUUCAGCCAGAAAGUGAGAGUAGGCAUGGCCAGUGGUGUCAUGGCUUUGUGAUUUUCAGUUGUUGGUAUUCCACAUCAUAACAUCAUGUAGUGAAUGUACCUGGUUCUCAGAAGAGAAGGACUACUACAUUCCCCACGGUACUUUGCUCCUCUGUUACCAUUUUCCAGCCG